AACAGGUUUGUUGACCUUUUGUUACCAACGUGUUGCAGGAUGGACGGUGACAUUGGUAACUUUUUACCAAAAUAGCUUGUAUUGAAAAUGUUUUUCUAUUAUUUUUUUAUAUAAAAGACUUGUCCGCCCAUAGCGAUACCAGUCUGUAGUCUCUUAGCAAUCUGGUAGCUAGUUAGGUGGCUUAGAACCACACUCAGGCACAGUCAGCGCUAAGGUUAUCAAAAAUGGCCAGUGGACAUUGCAGGUCUUUGCUGACCUCUUCAAUAUUUAGGAGUUUUACCGCAAGAUAUAUUAAUUCCAGGAAAAUUUGGGAAUGUAAUUGGGCAGCCAGAACUCUGGCGAUGGUAAAAGACUCAAGUGGACGUCCACAGUUCUAUCACCACUGGACAGCUGCACAUCUUCGCCACCUUCGGAUUUUUUCUCUCAGAAAUGUAUUGUCUCUGCAAAAACUGUCUACCGAGACAGGAGUUCCUUUCAAUGAAGGCGACUAUCCACCUUUACCUGAAUAUAAUUCAAACCCAGAACCUGACAGAAAGGAGGUGUUCAUCGUCCGCCUUAAAGGACUUCCGUGGUCAUGUACAGCUGAAGAUCUCUUGAAAUUUUUCUCAGAGUGCCAAAUUCGUGAUGGGGUGAACGGAAUACAUCUGACUGUAAACAAGCAGGGGAAACAGAACGGACAAGCUUUCAUUGAGUUGGAACAGGAAGUGGACGUCCUCAAAGCUUUGGAGAAACACAGACAGUACAUGGGAUCCCGAUAUGUGGAAGUCUAUGAAGUGACAAACAGAGAAGCUGAGGAAAUCCUGACGCAACCAGACCAUCCCCCGGCCCAGGAUGGAGUGGUCAAGCUCCGGGGCCUUCCUUACAACUGUACGGAGGAGGACGUUGCUCGGUUCUUUUCAGGUCUGGAGAUAGUUCCGGGCGGGGUGACGCUGGUCACGAGCAACAGGGGGAGAAACACGGGGCACGGCUAUGUGCAGUUUGCCUCGCAGGAAAUGGCGGAUCAGGCUUUGGAGAAGCACAAAGAGGCCAUGGGCAACAGGUACAUUGAGGUGUUUCCCAGCCAGAAAAGUGAAAUCCAGUCCCAGAGGAGAAAGAGGGAGGAGGUGUCUCCAUCUUUACCUCCUGCUGAGCCACACCCUCAACCUGAAAGCAAAACUACUGAUUCAGUACCCAUAUCAAACGCAGUCCCCAGAAUGGCUGUACACUACGUACACAUGAGAGGCUUGCCAUUUCAAGCGACUGGACGAGACAUUGUAAAUUUCUUCUCACCGGUGAGACUGAAGAAGAUUCUCAUCGAGUACGGCCCAGAUGGGAGAGCCAGCGGAGAGGCCGACGUGUUCUUCGCCAGCCACGAAGACGCACUGUCGGCCAUGUCUAAAGACAAGGCCUACAUGCAAGAACGAUACAUUGAGUUGUUCCUGAAUUCUCCGGGACAAUAAGAUCUG